GCUGCAGUAACGUGACCGUGUGGAGAAACGGGAAGUUCGUGAUUCUCAGAGCAGCUGUUUUAACUUUGCUCUCUCCAGAAGAGACGCCUCGCGCUCCGAGAGAGGACAUUCACAUCCAGUGACCAAAGUCAAUCUGUGUCGGUGUUUUGUCGUCCGGUCAUGGGCUCUCUGUUCCGCAGUGAAGAGGUCUGUCUGGUACAGCUCUUCCUCCAGACGGGAUCGGCCUACAACUGUGUCAGUGAACUGGGAGAGCUGGGAAUCGUGGAGUUCAGAGACCUGAAUCCGAAUGUGAACGCGUUCCAGAGGAAGUAUGUGAACGAAGUGAGGAGAUGUGAGGAGCUGGAGAAAACCUUCGGGCUGUUGGAGCAGGAGAUCAUUCGCAGUCUCUCCCAGAAACUGCAGCCGCCCAUCCCGACCCCUCCGGCCCCUCAGCCCAGAGAACUCCUCACCAUCGAGGAGGAGAGCGAGCGCUUGGCCCGAGAGCUCAGAGAGGUGUCCAGGAACAGAGACAGUCUGCGGUCUCAGUAUACACAGCUGUGUCAGUACAGAGGGGUUUUAAAGCAGACACAUUCUCUCACGGCCUCACAGGCCCCGCUGGUGUCGUUUGAGCCGGUGGUUGUGCCGGAGCACCGACAGGACGUCCGGCUGAGCUUUGUGGCCGGCGUGGUUCAUCCGUGGAAAGUUCCCGCCUUCGAGAGGCUGCUAUGGCGCGCAUGUCGUGGUUACAUCAUUGUGGACUUUCAUGAGAUGGAAGAAAAACUUGAACAUCCUGAUUCUGGUGAGGAGGUGCAGUGGACUGUGUUUUUAAUCUCGUUCUGGGGAGAUCAGAUCGGUCAGAAAGUGAAGAAGAUCUGUGACUGCUUCCACACACAAACAUUCCCGUACCCUGAGAACCAGGCGGAGAGAGAGGAGACUCUUAACGGCCUCCGAGGACGAAUCGAGGACAUCAAAUCAGUCAUGGGCGAGACGGAGCAGUACAUGCAGCAGCUGCUGGUGCGAGCGCUGGCCCGUCUGCCCGAGUGGAUCGUGCAGGUUCAGAAGUGUAAGGCCGUGCAGACCGUGCUGAAUCUCUGCAGCCCUUCGGUCACUGAUAAGUGCCUGAUCGCUGAAGCCUGGUGCCCCGUGAGCCAGCUGCCCGCCCUGCAGAGCGCCCUGAGAGAGGGAGGGAGGAAGAGCGGCAGUAGUGUGGACUCGUUCUACAACCGCUUGCCGGCCACCACGUCUCCCCCCACAGUCUUCCCCACAAACUCCUUCACUGCAGGAUUCCAGAACAUAGUGGAUGCCUAUGGAGUGGCGAGCUACAGGGAGAUGAACCCAGCGGUCUACACCAUCAUCACCUUUCCCUUCCUGUUUGCGGUCAUGUUCGGGGACGUUGGACACGGUCUUCUGAUGACACUGGUGGCUCUCUGGAUGGUUCUGGAGGAGAAGGACCCAAAAUUGAGGAAAAGUACCAACGAAAUCUGGCAGAUGAUGUUUGGAGGCCGAUAUCUCAUUUUGUUGAUGGGGCUGUUUUCUAUCUAUACUGGAGCCAUCUACAACGAGUGUUUCAGCAGAGGGCUCAGCACCUUCUCCUCAGGAUGGCACGUCCGGCCCAAUGCAGAAUACUACAACUGGACUGAGGAGACUUUCAGAAAUAAUCGCUAUCUGUCGCUGGACCCCAAUAUUACAGGCGUUUUCACUGGUCCUUAUCCCUUUGGCAUCGAUCCUAUUUGGGGUCUGGCCAAUAAUCAUCUGACGUUCCUCAACAGCUAUAAGAUGAAGAUGUCUGUCAUUAUUGGAGUCAUCCAUAUGACCUUUGGUGUGUGUUUAUCUGUAUUCAACUACAUAAACUUCAAAGAGAUCAGCAGUGUGUUUCUGGUGCUGAUCCCAGAGCUGUGCUUCAUGCUGUGUCUGUUUGGAUACCUGAUCUUCAUGGUCAUCUAUAAGUGGGUGGUGUACGGCCCCAUGAACUCCGACUCGGCUCCCAGCAUCCUCAUCCACUUCAUAGACAUGUUCCUGUUCACCGAGAAUAAGGACAACAAGCCUCUCUAUACGGGACAGAUGAUCGUGCAGAAGGUGCUGGUGAUUGUGGCUGUGUUGUCUGUUCCUGUGCUGCUCCUGGGGAAGCCAGUGCAUGAAUACAUCACACACAGGAGGAAGAGGACUCAGCCUUCAGGAGACAGACGUCCACUGCUAGCAGAAAACGGCUCUAUAAAUGCUCACCAGGACGAUGCACGAGGAGGAGAAGAGGAGGAGUUCGAUACAGCGAACGUGUUCAUGCACCAGGCCAUUCACACCAUCGAGUAUUGUCUGGGGUGCAUCUCUAACACGGCCUCGUACCUGCGUCUCUGGGCUCUGAGUCUGGCUCACGCACAGUUAUCUGAGGUGCUGUGGUCCAUGGUGAUGAGUAUCUCCUUCAGGCAGCUCAGUUAUGUGGGCUCUGUUAUCUUGGUGGUGAUAUUUGCAGCCUUUGCUGUGCUAACUGUGUCUAUCCUGCUUAUCAUGGAAGGCCUGUCAGCUUUCCUGCACGCUCUUCGACUUCACUGGGUGGAGUUUCAGAAUAAAUUCUACAGUGGAACAGGCUACAAGCUCACUCCAUUUAUCUUCUCAUCAGAAGUUGGAUCUUUCUCUCUGAAGUGACCUUUGACCUUCUCAAGAAUAGAAUGAUGUUGUUUUGCUUGGUGCACAUUUUAAACUGUCACUGUAGCAUCUAUCGUUUUCUUUUAUAUUUUAGCUUUACAGCCACUGUGUGAAAAGCUGGACCUGAAAAAUCAAACAUGACAAAAUGUUUUAACACUCUAUUAUGGAUCCAUAUCUUCGACACUAUGCCACAUUAUCUUUGAAGCCAUAUCUGAGUACAUUGCAAGAUUUUAGUUGAUUGAGGAUGAUUUUUUUUUUUUAAUUGAAGUCUUGAGCCCACAGAAAAUGUUAUUUUAACUAACGCUCUGUAAUCAGGUGUAUCUAUGAGCAGCCAUCAUGAUGACAAACAAUUAUGGUUUUAUGCUGCAAGUACAGACAGAUGUACACUUAUUAAAUAAUUAAGCAAUAAAUUGCCAGAAUAAGUACACUUAAUUAAUAAAGUACAAUUCAAAUGUUUACUCACAAUGACUUCCCAAUCAGUUUUCAGCGUGUUAAUCAAUCGCUUUGAUUUACAGCAUCGUUCAAAGGGAAUAAUCUUUUAUUUGUGUUUUUCUACUAUUAAACUGAAACUUUGUUUUAAUUCUGAAGCUGAAAAUCAAGCGUCACAGUGGACCCUACUGAUCAAUAAAGACUAAAGUCUGUCAAUACAGAACCA